AUGAUUUCGAAAACGAUCCUCGCAGUCGCAGCUCUCGUUCUGGUAUUUCAAGCUGAUUUAACAACAUCAAUAGAUUUUAAUAAGGGCAUUCUCGGUACCGCUGCGAAUGUCGUGCAAGCUCAUGUGAAUGUCGGUGAAAAGUUGAUAACCAAUCUACCAGUGCUGAUUCCGAGUUUUUCUGAAAUCGGUGAAUUCGGUAAACAAUCUCUUCUGGGGUAUCCUUUCGAAGCAGUUGCCCUGGGAAUUCACCAGUUCUGUUCGGCUGCCGUGGCCACUAAUGGAACCACACCGAGGAUUGAACCAGACUUAUCACGGAUGAGCUACCUCCUGUUGAGUGACCAGGGAAAUUUUUCGUUUCCCCUUUCCAACGCAGCUGAUCUUUGGAGCAGUCCAUAUUUCGCCAAGGACUUGAAAACCGUUAUUCUCGUAACGGGUUGGCUUUCAACGAUAGAGGAUCCGAAUCUAGCCGUUGAUACAAUCUAUCAAGCAUACCGUACGCGAGGCGGAGUUAACUUUGUCGUCAUAGAUACAGUAGCGCAGCUCAAUACGCUCUACUCUUGGUCGGCCUUCAACACUAACAGCCUGGGAGAGUCCUUGGGCGAUGGCCUCAUUGAGUUGGCCAACUAUGUGCCUUUAGAAUCGAUUCAUCUGAUCGGGCACAGUUUGGGAGCCCAUGUGAGUGGCGCUGCAGGGCGACGCUUUCAGGAGCAGAAAGGAGUCAACUUACCGCGCAUCACUGGACUGGAUCCGGCCAACCCAUGUUUCAAUGAAGGCGAAACCCUUUCUGGAUUGAGCCGCGGCGAUGCUAACCUGGUGGACAUCAUUCACAGCAAUGUACGUGUUCUCGGAAAGCGUGAUCCAAUAGGGGAUAUCGACUUCUAUCCUAACGGAUUAAACUCCAUCCAACCCGGUUGCUACACGGUCGUGUGCUCGCACAGUCGAGCUUGGGAGUACUACGCAGAGAGCGUUCUGCCGGGGAACGAAGGCAACUUUAUUGCGGUCAAAUGCAACGGUUUGUCGGCACUGAUAUCAGGUCUGUGCCGUCGACAAACUGCCACUAUGGGUUACAACGUUAGUCGGAACACGAAAGGAAACUUUUUCCUGCGCGUCAACUCUGCUUCUCCCUAUGGGAAGAAGAAGAAAUUUUGAUUUGAAGUGUA